CAACACUCACCAUGCACGCCGCUGCACUCUCCAACGUUGCCCGACGAAGGCUCGUCCACGGCGCUGCUGUUCAGACCGCGGCAGCGUCUACCUCUGCCGCUUCGGUUUCACCAGCGUCUGCCUUGUGUGACGCGCCGAGGGCCCCGCGCGUACGCUCGCAUGAUUCGCAUGCAUGCAAGGCCAGUGUCGCCUCCAGCUGUGUAACAUCGUCUUCGGGAGACAUCUCUUCAGUGUCCUCUCAGCACCAUGCCACUCGGCCGAGGCGGCAGAGCCGGCCGCGUGCGAUGCCGACAUCACUUCCGUCCUUCGGCACGGAUAAGCUUCCUCACAUUCGCGCCCUACACACAUCCACUGUCGUUCGCCGUCCAGACGAGUCAAACCCAAACUCGUUCGAGCGUCGUCGGCAAGAGCUUCCCACAUCUGCCUGGAGUCGUCCCCCACGCCCAUCGCAAGAUGCAGAUGACAACACCGUCCCCAGUUACUAUGUUGAACGCAAGAAGCAGCGCGAUCAGAUCUCUCAGAGGAAGGAGGAGGAAGGCGGUCUGAUGAACGAGCUCAAUGCUGGCAUCCUUAGCGAGGGUCUCGCUGCCCAGACCAAGACCCGCGAGGAGAAGAUUCCUGUCGAGGUGCGCCUUCCCGACGGGACCGUCACUCACCCGAGCGGCUUCGAGCCACCGACUGCCGAGACCGAAUUCCACCCCGUCGCGGCUAAGGUGCCUACUGAGGAGCACCCCCUUCUUUCCACCGUGAAGCAGCCGUGGGAGGAGCGCGAGUUCGUCGAGGCUGGUGCUGAGCCAAUCCAGGUCGACCAGGCAAAGGAGGCCGAAUGGAUUAAGCGCAUGGUCUUGGAGGGCACUGGCGGCAACGGCGUCGUCUCUGGCGUCAGCGACAUCGGCGCGGAGCGUCCGCGCGCUGCGCCCGUCGGGGCCUCCUCGACCGCCGCCGACCGCAGCAAGAUCACGACCUCGGCGUGGGACACGCCCGCACGCUCCGCUUCCAAGGACGACCCGGACAGCGUCGUGCCGCCGUUCUACAUCGAGCGCAGGAAGCAGCGCGACUCGAUCUCGGAGCGCAAGGAGGAGGAGGGCGGGCUCAUGUACGAGCUGAACGCGGGGCUGCUGAGUGACGAGGUCGCGGCGCACAUCCGCGAGCGCGAGGAGAAGAUCCCGGUCGAGGUCAUCCUGGAGGAUGGGACGGUCGCGCACCCGAGUGGGUUCGUCCCGCCUACGGCUGAGACGGACUUCCACCCCGUCGCGGCGAAGCCGGGCGAUGCGCCGAAGCAGCCUUGGGUCGAAAUACUUGCGAAUGGGAACGGCAAGAAGAGUGCGUGAGCCGUUGUUGGUGGUGAGGAGAGUCGGGGAAGCGCUCUGAACAAAUUUAGCGCUCGCGUCUACUUGACGAGGGGAGGGGUUGGUUGGGGUACGUUCAAGUAUGCGACUAGGCAUCUUUUCUUGGCACAACUUCAUACCUUUUUGCAUAAGGCAUGAAUGAUAUGGACAGGAUAGACAUCCAUAGCCUCCGUUAGACACAGACGCAGACUCAAUAUCGCUUUCGCAUCGUACAUGGCCAAUUCGCAAUUUCGUUCAGAUUCUACCUGUUCGCCGCUCAUGCAUGUAGCGACGGCAAUCUAGUCGAUAUAGAUCUAUC